AUGAGCUCUCUAAUCUCACACAGCACACACGGCGAAUGGGUUGAGCGAGAGUACGUACUCGACAUCUCCAACUGGCAGAGGGAACUGCACGAGCUCAUAUCCACCUACAUCAUCGCCUGCCGACAGAGGAACAACGGAAGUGCCAUUCAACGCGGCCGCAGCAUCAUAAUCGAGACUAGCGUUGACGACGGAGAAGGGCAACACUAUGAAGGGCCUGUAAUCAAGGUUCCUAUGACCAGUGUCUGUGCUGAGUGCUUCCGCUGCUGUAGACGAUACAUGGUCGAGCCUUUGGUGCCGUUCUUCGAGAGACAUUUUUCCAGUAGCCAGGUGCUCGUCAUCACGAUUCUUUAUGGAGUGGAGGAUGAGAAGCUUCCGUACCAGUCAGAUGUCGAGGACGAGUUGGAUGUGAUGUGGGCAGCGAAUUUGGAGUCGGUGCAGCUUGAUGCGCAUACUGAUGACGGCAAUGACGGGGACGACGAUACCGAGGCGGAUACUGAUAUUGAAUGA